AUGGCCGCAAGGCUCAUCGCAGUUCCAUGUGUCAUUGGCGAUGUCAGCAAUCUGAAGCUGAUCAUGCUUCAUGUCCUGAAAAAGGAGCGCGCGGCGCUGGCAUCGGGCAGCUUGCUUGCUUCGGGUGUCGCUGCUGCAAGUCCCGAGCGCGCUCCACAAUGGAUGUGUGUUGCUACGCCAGGCUUAGUUUUCCCUCUGGUGGUCGCAAAUCUGACGUGGGGCUGUCGUGGUGACGUCUGUGAGGACAUGGGGAGAGCCGCAAUCCUGCUUGGAGGGAUAUCCUUCAAUGCGGCACUCUACGCAGCGCGGGGCCUGGCGUGUGUACGGUGGGACGUACCUGGCAACGGAGUGCCGACUUUCUACAAGAGGGACUGCAGCGAGGCACGUGCAGAGAAUGGGCUUUGUGGCGUGCGGCAGCUUCCAGAAUCCUGGAGUUACACCGGUGUGCGUGCUGACGGUGUCUCCUUGGCUGCGCUCUCCACGGCGCCAGGAGGCGGCUGGACUUCAGUGUUAUCUUGGCUCAGGCAGCUGCAGCUGAAGGGACUCCAAGCCAACGCCGUGCCCUUUAGGACUUGCGUGGCAACUGCCGGGUGGCCCGAGGCCCUCCAGCUCGCCACUGGCAGCCGGCUCAGAGAGGAGCUGGUUCCGACGCUUCGCCAGCGGCUCUCCGAGGAUGGACACUGGCGGCUGGCCAUCUCUUCAGCCUCCAGCUUCGAUGCUUCUCCCGUGACGGUUGCUGUGCUUAGCAGCUCCUGCGUGCGUGGCGGCUCCUGGUCUGAUGGCUUGGAGGCCUCCAGAGCAUCGUGGCGCCCUUUAGUCGCGCACCAGGGUGAGCUGAGCUUCCGUCGGUGGCACUUCGGGAUGUGCGCCGCGUAG